GUUUUGUUUUUUGUUUGAUUUUUCUUAAGACAGACAAAAAGCUGUUUAUCAGGCAGGCAAAUCUCUUAAAUAAACAAGUUACAGAAUGUAUUUUGGCUACAUAAGGAUUAUAUAUACUGAUUUUUUUUUUCUGUUUUUUUAAUCUUAUUUAUGUUUUCAUAUACAAGCUAUGAAGCUUUUUAAAAAGCUGGUAAUACAUUUUUCAGUUGUCAAAUAAAAGUUCCAAAGUUCAUGUCUGUUGAGGACACCUGACAAGCACCCAGUCAUACUGUAACUUUUUACUACCUUUGUAUCUAUAACUUGGCAGUGACAAAAAAAAAAAAGAACUUGAUAACUCAAGAUAUUUUAUGGCAUUUGCCUGAUCAGAAACACGUUUCUGUUACAGUUUGAAUAAGGGUCAGUUUGGGUCAAAUAUUAAUUGAAAUAUUGCAGUUAUUUGUUAUUGCAAAUAAAAUCAAUAACAUUUUUGCACCUCUAGCCGCUGUGGCUAUAUUAUUUACUGCCCAGGUCACAGUAGUAAACAGCAGUCAUAAGUAGGUGAGGAAUAUUAUCUCAGGAAUAGUUUUAUUUAGUACAGGGAGUGGCUAGCUGGCAGGUGGGUGGUGGCAAGUAAAAAGUAGUCUACAAGAAUAAAGAUUGUGGAGGGCACAGCUAGGAUUUGGGGAUCAUGAAGGAUUAUGAUGACACCACAGCAUUCCUGGGUCAGUGGGGACCUUUUCAGCAGAUUGUUUUCUUCUUGCUUUGUGCCAGCAUCUUUCCCAAUGGUUUUGGUGCUUUCUCUCUUGUCUACCUGACUGACAUUCCCAGUCACCACUGCCUGGUUCCAGAGGUUAACCUAACCCAAGAUUGGCAGGAAGGUAUAAUCCCAGUAAAGGUGGUGAAUGGGAAAGAGGAGCUGAGCAGAUGCAGCAGAUACAGGCUGGAUGUGGUCAGAAAUCUCUCUGCUCAGGGAUACAUUCCUGGCAGGGAUGUCAACCUCACAGACCUGGAGCAGGAGGACUGUGUGGACGGGUGGAGCUACAGCACAGACAUCUACCAAUCCACCAUAGUUUCUGAAUUUGACCUGGUGUGCGGUGAGCAGUGGAAGCAGCCGUUCACCUCCACGGUUUACUUCCUAGGAGUUCUUGUUGGAUCCUUCUUGUCAGGACAGCUCUCAGACAGAUUUGGAAGAAAGCCUGUUCUGUUUGCAACCGUGGCAGUUCAGACAUUUUUUACGUUUGUUGAAAUCUUCUCACCUUCUUGGACAGUGUUCUCCAUCCUCCUCUUCAUCAGUGGUUUGGGACAGAUCUCCAACUAUGUGUCCGCUUUUGUACUGGGUACUGAAAUCUUGACUGGCAAUGUGCGGGUCCUGUUUUCAUCUAUGGGUGUAUGUCUGGCCUUUGCCUUUGGUUACAUGAUGCUGCCUCUCUUCGCUUACUUCUUAAGGGACUGGCGCUCUCUCCUGUUGGCUUUGUCUGUGCCUGGCCUGCUCUACUUUCCCCUCUGGUGGUUUGUCCCAGAGUCUCCUCGAUGGCUGCUCUCUCAGGGACGAGUGGAGGAGGCUGAGACCAUAGUGAGAGAUGCUGCUAAGAGGAACCAAGUUGAGGCACCAGAGGUCAUCUUUGAUAAUUACAAUGCUGAUGAGACAGAGACGCACCCUAAGGAGCAUUUCAACAUCUUCAGCCUGCUAAGGACCAGAAACAUCAGAAACACAACUGUCAUUCUUUGCAUGGUGUGGUUCAGUCUGAGUGCUGGCUACUUUGGCCUGUCCCUGAACACAUCCCGACUCCAUGCAAACCCCUAUAUAAGCUGCUUCAUCUCAGCAGCUGUAGAGGUGCCUGCAUACAUUUCCAGCUGGCUGGCUCUGCGAUACCUUCCUCGACGACUGUCUGUCAUCUGUAUCUUGCUCCUUGGAGGGGUGUCACUGUACUUGAUUCAACUGGUGCCUCAAAGUUUAUCAGAUCUGUCUGUUGCACUGGAGAUGCUGGGUAAAUUUGCUAUUACCACUGGUACCGCCCUGCUGUUCGCCUACACCGCAGAACUUUACCCAACGGUGCUCAGGAACACAGCGACAGGCACAUGUACAACUGUUUCCAGAAUUGGCAGCUGCAUUUCACCUUUUUUGCUCCAGCUGAGUGUAUACUCUGAGUACCUGCCUUAUAUUAUACUGGGGACUCUGGCUGUUGUGUCUUCCUUUGCCUCCCUCUUCCUUCCAGAGAGUUUUGGACAACCUCUGCCUCAAACUAUUCAGCAGAUGCAUCAGAGAGAAAGGAGGUUCCAGGUUCUCCCAAGUUAA